GCGGAUGGAGUAGAAGCAGAAAAACAACAGUCCAUUUGGAAAGAAAAAGAUCGGGAGCCCAGCAGUGUUGAAAACCAAGUCUUGGCAAGGGUGACUUAUCCCCAUUGGUUGGAUUCUAUUGCGUGACCCGGAGACCUCUCAGAAGAAAGUACUUCCUGAGUGAAGAAGCAGCCGUCGGGGAAUCCAGCAUGAAGGGCUCCUUUGAAACAGCCAUGGUCAAGUCUCUGCUGCUGUUGAUGUUGGGAUUUGCCAUCCUGACCGAGGGAGCAGCUCGGAGGAACCCCAAAGUAGGGCUUUCUGCCCUGCAGAAAGCCGGGAACUGCCCUCCCCUGGAGGAUAACAGUGUGAGAGUUGACAUUCGCAUCUUCAAUCAAAACCAGGGCAUUUCUGUCCCACGUGACUUCCAGAACCGCUCCAGUUCCCCAUGGGAUUACAACAUCACCCGAGACCCCGACCGGUUCCCCUCAGAGAUCGCUGAGGCCCAGUGCAGACACUCAGGCUGUAUCAACGCCCAGGGGAAGGAAGACGGCUCCAUGAACUCUGUCCCCAUCCAGCAAGAAAUCCUGGUCCUUCGGAGGGAGCCUAAGGGCUGUUCUAAUUCCUUCAGGUUGGAGAAGAUGCUCAUAAAAGUUGGCUGCACUUGCGUCACGCCCAUUGUCCACCACGCGGCCUGACAAAGCCACAUACCAAACUCAGCUGAAGACGCUGAGGAAAAGCCUCCUUUUAUCCCACGCUCUGUGUGAAGCCCGCAUCCCCAAGUCUUUAUGCUUUCUAGGUCUCUCAGUAAGGUGUGCACGGCAUCCUUGAAGCUCCGUAGUAGAUAUAGCCUUAACUUUCAGGUAUGCUUUAGAAUUGUGACAAAUCCUGGUUCGAAUUGUUAGAAAUCCUGGUGUCAAUGCCUUAAACUCCUGAAAAUCAAAGUGAAUUAAGGCACCCUUGCCCCGUCUCUUUGCGUUAGAUGAUGACCACAUUUCUUGUCUGUCAAUAUAGUCACUUUGAUGCAGUAUCAUUCUUGUAGAGCUCAUAUUUCUGAUGGGAAGAAAACAAACAGACCGUGUGGGAGGAGGCCUGUGUAGCAGGGGCUGGGUUGGCAAGAAGGAAGCUAACAUCUGGUAUGUGUGUCUUUAGAAAAAAAAUUGGUAACUAUAAAUGAGGUUGGCAUAAACUAUUACAUAUUUAUACUUGUAAGGGAACUAUACAUAUAUUUAUGACCUAUUGAUUAUAUAAAAAUUUAGUAGAAAAUUAAUAUAUCCAUUAAUUAUGUAAUAAAGUAUUUUUAAUUCAAAAAA